AUGCCUGGGAAAAUAAAAGUUAAGGUGUUGGCGGGACGAAAUCUGCCUGUUAUGGACAGGGCUAGUGAUACAACAGAUGCUUUUGUGGAAAUCAAGUUUGGUGGGAUAACACACAAAACAGAUGUGUGCAGGAAGUCUUUGAACCCUCACUGGAACAGCACAGAGUGGUAUAGGUUUGAGGUUGAUGAGGCGGAACUGCAGGAUGAACCGUUACAGCUUCGACUAAUGGACCACGAUACAUAUUCAGCUAAUGAUGCGAUUGGAAAAGUGGUCAUCAGUCUUGCACCGCUGUUGGCUAGAGAAGCCAAUAACACGAACGGAGUUGCGGGACCACCAGGAGGUGCCGUUAUGUCCGGCUGGAUCCCAGUCUUCGACACGAUGCACGGUAUCCGUGGGGAGCUAAACGUGAUUGUGAAGGUAGAACUUUUCUCAGACUUCAAUAAAUACAAGACUUCUAGCUGUGGAGUGCAGUUCUUUCACUGUCCUAUGAUUCCACCUGGCUACCGAGUAUCCUCAAUUCACGGUUUCGUUGAAGAGCUAAUAGUGAACGACGAUCCUGAGUACCAGUGGAUAGACAAGAUUCGCACCCCCCGAGCCUCCAAUGAGGCGAGACAGGUCGCUUUUAUUAAGCUUAGCAAUCAGGUUCAACGCUUAGUGGGUUUAAAGGCAGCUGAGUUGGGUGCGAACGCCGUGGUUGGCUACCAGCAGGAUUUUGACCUGGAAGGCGAAGCUGGUGUCGUUGCCAGAGCUAUUGGAACGGCAGUCAGCAUAUCCCCUAUACCUUUGCCGAGUCAACCAAUGACAGUACAGCUAACACAACAACAGUUAAAUAAGUACUUGGACAUUUUAGCGACUGACGACGAAAGCGUGGCCGAUCUUAAGGAAUAUUAUCACCAUCACCAAGAGGAGUUGACGUUAAUUGUUAAUAUACUUAACCCAAAAACACCAAAUAUGUUGGAUGAACCUGAAAGUCUAGAUGAUGAUGAUAAAAGCUUUGACACGAUUAAACCUACCCAUAGUGUAUAUGUAGGCAACCAAUCUAUAUACCAAGACCUAACAUCUCAAACCGGCCUCAAACAUAUCUCGGAUGACCAAUCUGAGUUGAACAAACUCUUGAAUCGUCACGACUCAGACUCGGAUUCGUCGGGACCAAUAGGAAAAAUAAAGAAAAUGAAAUCUCACCUAUUCUCAAAACGAUUCUCUCGACGCAAGUCCUCCGCAAAACAGGACGAUCAGGUCUCGAUAAAAUCCAGUUCGUCAGAUACGUCACGUAUAUCUGAUAUCAGAAACGAGUUGAAAAAACUAAAGAGGCUUAAAGUCCGUAAAUUAGAUGAAGAGGAAGAAGAUGGAAUCAACAUGGCGUCGAUAUUAGCUCGAUCAGUGAUACAUGCGCAGACGAGUCUAGCUAGAAUAUCAGAGUCACAAGAUUCCGAACCCUCUCCCAGUUCGACUUUGAGACGUAUCAGUGAUUCUGAACCCAUCGUAAACUUGCUCCCUAUUGAAAAACCUGAAAUUGAACCGAAGGGAAAUGAUGAGAACAAAAUACCAGAAAUCCAUUGUGCUUCCAUGGAAAAUCUAUCUAACGUUGCCACUGCGCCAACCGAAAGAAAGAUUUCUGAUUCUUGCCCUACAUCGCCGGUAGUGGUAAGAAGUGAAAAUCUGCUCAAACUGCCCGGAGACGCAAAUUUCUACGGUUCAGUUUCCUCUGCACUAUCAGCUGAGAGCUCCGACAUUUAUUCCACAUCCGAUGAAGAUGAGGACAGUUUUAAUUUGAGAGGUGAAACUGUGGGUUCUGUUGUCAAAUCGGUAUUAAAUCACGAUGUAAAUUCUGAAUUUAUCGCUCAAAUGGAACGGAAACUUACAGUAUUGAAUGUAGGAUCCUUUGAUAAAAAUGAUGGCGAUGCUCAAGUAACGCUACACCGUGACAUUGAUAAUCCAAGCAGCCAACUAGAAACAAAAGAUCUGGAAGAGCCUUCGGAUGACAAAAUGUGUGUAGACAGAAAUAGUCAUCAUCGUUCUUUUAGAAUUCCCAAUCCCUUUGCACAUAGAAAGCUAGGCAGUAGCUUUAGUGCACCGUGUUCCCCUGUCGAAAAGAAGGGCUUUAUGUAUCGCUCAUCAAAGCGCAUAAAGCGACAGCUUUGCAAAAUCUCUAAGAGCAACAUGAUUAAGAGCCUGUCUCACUAUUCCUUGAUGCCAAAGAAAAAAGAUCCAAAACCGUCUAUAAGUGAACCUGGCUCAUCCUCUGACGUGACGUCUAGAGCUCCUAGCGAUACGGUUCUUGGCGCGCCGUUUCUUUCCUACACCGAUUUGCUAGCUCUGGAUAAAACCGCAUUAAGUUCAAAUCGUCUGUGUAAAAGCGAUGAGCUCGUCGGACCCUCCCAAGUUUCCAUGUACAUUGGUUCCGAACCCGUAUCGAGGACCUCAUUUAGUGGGCCAUCUAUAUCUUACCUUAAAGACGAUCAUCGCUUUAGUCAGCAAAGAUCCAUUAAAAAAGAAAAACUUGCGAUCAAGCCUUCUAGCUUAGUGCAAACUGCAAUGGAGACGAUUCUAAUAGACAAAGUCCAGUCUCUAUUGCUACCUACAAGCCCAGAUAGCGCGACAGCUAACAAAAAGUUCUUUAGUGACGUCAACGAAAAAUUGGAGACAGUAGAGAGGGAUAGACAUAAAAGAGAAAAAAGGUUGAGGAGGCAGGACAGCGUCGAAUCGACGACGUCGCAUAAAAUGUCCAAGGAAACUAACGCUCCAUGCAAGUUAACUCACACGCCAGUUUCACAAACCUUUCAUCCCGUUCUUAGCGCACAUUUAGAGACCAUACCAUCUCUACCGGAGAGCAGUGUAGAUAGAUCGGAGAGUAUAGACGUAGAUGGCGUAGAGUGUGAUACUAACAAGGCUAGCGUGUGUGGUAACUCGCAUGCAGCGUGCGUUGACAGGGAUAAGUGUGAGAGGGAGAAGCAAGAUAGGGAGAGAUGCGAGAAGGAGAAGGACAGAGGAUCGCCCCGGCAUGCGAGGCACGAGUCGUACGGGGGACGGGAGCCCAGCGGUGUUCAGAACGCGUCUGUCAAUUCUACGUCCACACCGAUGGGGAUACACCGGCGCUCGUCGGACUCGGAUCUCAGUAUUACCCCUAAAGGUAGUUCCUUAAACGCUUCUCUUGGCAAUACGGGCAGCGGUGGGGGAGCUAUACUGCGACCUUCCAUGAACAGCAACAACUUGGAGAUGCUGGAGUACCCGUUCUUGACUAUGACAGAGUAUCCGCCUGGAUUCAUUGUACACAUCGGUGGUACAGUGUGUGCUCGUUCGGUAAAACUAGUUGACGGAGGCGGUGAGAGUAGUUCGCGAGCAGCUUGGUGGGCCGAACUGCGAACCGAGCUCCGUGCGCAUGCGCGAGCAUUACGUUGCACCGCUGUUCUUGCGUACUGUGAAAAGGCUGCUAUACGUGAGGACGUUUGUGUCCUGUCAGCGUCAGGAACAGCUGCCGUUAUCAAUCUGGACUGCGACUUCAAUACAGAUGAACCAACUGUCUCACUUACAAAUGGAUCCAAAAACACAAUAGAAGAGAUCGAAUCUGGGUCUUGCAGUAUGGCCCACGUACCCUAUUCACCUGGCGCGGGGCCCUAUAGAGCAGAAUUGGCCGUCUGCGGAGAAUGCAGACGAGCUCGCGUCCCUACUGUUCUGCUUGCUACCUGUGCCAAACCGAGUAAACUCACCUCAUAUGCAAAGGCCGUCACUCUUACUGCUGUCGCUGCGCGCAGUCGCCGCGCCCCGCCUGCAGCCGAACCAGGCGCAAGAGAUAUUUCGGACCAGCUACCGUUUUUGGAGUACGAACUACACAAACUAUUACUAGCGAAGCUCAGAAUGCAGGGUGCAAAUGCAAUAUUCUCUCUACAGACACAAAUAGCAAUAGGUGAACGAUGCGUAAUGGCACUUGCUACGGGCACCGCAGUGCGUCUAGCGGCUUUACCGCCGCCAGCGCCACCGAGGAUUAAGGCAUCAGAAAAGGACAAAGAUGCACUUGAGAUUCAGAAGGCUCUGUGGGAUACUUUCACAGCGAACAAGGCAGCUAAUGGCUAUGAUAUAGGUGGUGUAAGCGAACAAACACGUGCAGCAGUAGAAAACGAAGGGGAAGAACCUCCGGCGCUUGACCUCUGCGCUGAUAAAGACGCUUGCGUUUUGGAACUUGAUGAAGCUGAAGAUGUGGAAACAGCGAAAUUGCUAGCGAGUCGUCGCACCAACAUGCAAGUGUUUACCGAUUCGUUGAAGCCCUCUACGUCGCCGUAUGCACAACCCUACGCUUUUACGCAGGUUUGGCGUACACGAAUUGGCUCUGUGGGUUCUAUCGCCGAGCGCCUAGUAUCAAGUGCGCUUUGUGGUGCCGCGUACAAGUUGAGAAGACUGCAGCCAGCUGCGCUUGCGCCGCCUACUUUCCAGUUGGAUUUGCCAGAGGACGAGAUCCAGCUAGUCGUAUCAGGGACAGCCAUACCUCUUCAAGACCCAAGCAAGGACCAUUGCAACGGAGCUGAUAAGGAGACACCUCAUGAUGAUGAUAUCUUUACUCUGGAUGAAGAGCAACUCACUAAGACUAACACUGAAUCAUACGAUGAGAAGAAUAAUACUCAAGUGAGUAAGGGCGGACGCGUAUCCCUAACAACGCUCAGCUCCAUCAGUGGCAGCCGUUUAUCGAGACGCGUUUGCGCAUUGCGUUUACUCUUCGUCAGAGAAACGACAGGAGUUAGAGAGUUGGGCGGAUUGAGCGGCUUCUUGCAUACAUUUACUUGCGAGGUACUAGCUAUAGUCAGGGCGUAUACAUCGGCGCUGGGCGGAAACGCCUUAACAUCCUUCUAUAUUACACAUCUUAUGCUACAGGACAAUGCGCAUAAAAAUCAGGGACAGUGUUUGUUGUCUGUUGGCGGUGACGUGGUUCAUAUGACGUAUUAA